AUGAACAAUAUUGAAAUAUUACAGAAACUUUUAAUUGAAGAAAUCAUAAAUAAACAAUACAGUCAAGAAGAGUUUGAGUAGUAUGUGCAAGCCUAAGCACCAGAGAAAGGUAAUAUAGAUAUUCUGAUCAUAGAUGAUCUAUCAUCGUGGAAUUAUGAGGAUUUAAAGAAAUGCAUAGACAAUUUUUAAUCUCUAAAGAAGAAUUAAAAAUAACCUUAAAAUUAAGAAAAGGAAAUAUAUGGAUUCUAAAACAUUGAUGAAAAAUUAUACUCAGUAAUUGUGUCGAAUUAACAUAAAAUCUAUAUUGUAUAAAUUCCUAAACUAUUUAGGAUAAUAUCUCUUUGGAUCCCUACGAAAAAGUUAUUAGAUGUUAAUAAGAAAAGUAUCUCAUAGAAAAUGAUGUUGAGUUAUAAUUUUAAAUUUCACAGUAAACAAAAAUGAUAAUUUAGUCCCCAGGAAGUAAGAGAUUCAGGAUUAUGGUCUUUUAUCACAUAAAAAAGUAUUGUAGUAUUCUAAAUUCAAACAUUUCCGAUGUAAUGGAAAGUCUAAAGAACACUAUAAGAAUUUGCAGAAUUGAGGAAUAUAAUUUGUCAAUACUUUCCUGAAAAAAUUGUAUAUGACAUUAAUCGAUUUAUUAGAUUCCUAGAUUUCCUUACGGAGGACUCACUAAAUUAGAGGAAAUGCUACCUAUGAUGGAGGAUAUUAUUCUUUCAAUAAAAGUAAUUUUUAUUAAAAUUUAGAAUUUACUUUCAAUUUAUAACAAAAUACCAAUAAUAAGAACAAUAUAGCCUUGUUUGUGGUUUGUUAAUGAAGUCAAUGAUCAAUUAUUAUAAAAGAAGCUUAAAGAUGAAUUAUAAAAAGAAAAGAGAUAUAAUUUACAACAAAAAUAGACUAAGACGGGGGAAAUUAAGGUCUCUCUAACUUUUGAUGGUUAUUAGAAAUUCUUAGAUCAAUCAUCUUAUCCAAAAAAUGCUAUCAAUCUCCUCAACUAAGUAAUAUGUAAUAUGAAUGAAUUCUUUGCCUACCAGAAAAAAUCAUAAGAAUUUUUAGGAAAUGCUGCUUAAUGUUUGUUUGAACUCACUAAUACUUUACCAAAAUAUCCUGAUUAGAGUGGGCUUAUUAAUUACAUUAAUUUGGUUAAUGAUCAUUUUAAUUAAAUAAUCUAUGAGAUAGAUGAUUCUUGUGCUUUACUUGAUAAUCAUUUAAAAUUAACAUUUGCAAAGUUAUUGGGAAGUCAUAAAUCAUACAUAAGAUUAUGUUAAAAUGUUAAUGAAAUUAGAAAUAAAUUUGUCUAAGAUUACAAUAAUUUAAAUAAGAAAAAAGAUGAUCUAAUUAAAAAUAAUGAGUUGAAAAUAGUAGUAUAAAAAAUAAUUUAAUAAAACAAAUUUGAUUAAUCUGAAUUUGAUAAAUUAUCAGCAGAUUCUGAUUAUUUAAAAAGUUUUCUAUAUGUUCCAGAAACUUAAUAAAAUUAACAACUUUAAGAUCAAUUAGUGUAUAUGAUACAAUAAUUUUCUAAGGCUAUGGAUGAGUAAUUUAGAGCUGACUUACUUAAAGUAAAUGCAAAUUUAGGUGGAUUUCUAUAUGCUAAGCAAAAACUAUGCCAAAAAUAUGUAAGUGUAUUUUUAAAUCAAUUAGACUGAGUAAUGGAAAGAAUUAGUUAAUAAAUAUGAGUCGGUAAAAAGCAAAUAAGGUUGA